AUGCGUAGCUUGAAGAAACCGAUCAAGCGAGGUGUCAAAGUUCUCCGCCGAGAGCUCAAAGAAGCAUACAACACCAUCCAUCAUUCCUACACCACGAAAAAACUCCAAUUCAAAGAACACUAUGCGAACUUGCAAUACAAACUGGACUUAUUCAAAGAGCAAAUUGAUGAAACCUGGGAGAAGACCAAACUGCAAAUCAUGGGUCCCACACAAAGAGCAGGUCACCCACUCCCAGAGCUAAUAGACUGGAAAACCUACCAAAAGAACCCCAACGCCAGAUUCGACGGCUGGAUGAUUUGCCACCGGUGUAGAGCACAUACCUCCAUAGUCUACCUUAAAGGCCCAUACCCUUUCAACCGUCUGCGUUGCAUGGAUCCCAACUGCGACACACCCAUCACCAGACGGCAUACAGUCACCGAAAUCUUGGAGCCGUUCGACUACAACCCCACGCACAUCUACAGGAUCCCAGACAUACCGCAACCACUCGUUCAAACAGAGCAGAUCCCAUUCUGCAUCGUGUGUUCACGAUGCGGUCUCGCGCACCGAGCUCGGAAAGUACCUGCUCCACCGGAUCAGCGGGAGCGACGGAGGAUGGUCGCGCCCGGUAUGAAACCGACGUGGAUUAGCUUUCAGCAUGUUGAAAGGUGUGCGGAUUAUUUAUGUGGGAAUGCUAGGUUUGUGGUCGGCGCGCCGGUGUGGUUGGGGUUUGUUAUUCGGUUUGAUCAUCUUUAUAAUUUGGUGCAUCUGGGGCAUGGGCAGUACUUUGGGAUUUUGUAG